AUAAGAAAUGUUGCGCACUUGGUUGCUGCCACAGUUGCCUCUAAUUUCAGUGUGCAAACGCGCCAAGGGGAAUAACGCCGCCAGAACAAAUGCAACGAGGCAGAGCAACAUUAUGAGUAAACUCUUUGGUAGCCGUGUGACAGGCACAAAGAAGCAGUGGUAUCCCUGCCAUGAUACCAACGUCAACAGCUCUAACGGCAAAAUCAGCAGCGGCUCUUUCCCAUCGGCGAGUGUGAUGUUUCAGGCAUCACAGUUUGGCAAGAGCAAGCUCCCCGGCUCUAGGAACAACACGAGACGAAUGGCUGUACUAAACAAACUGUUCAUGACCCACAUCACCGACCUACUGGCUACGGGGCAGGCCGCGGAGUCAAUACUGGGACGUGGACUACAGGUGUCGCGUGUAAAAAUCUCCUGUGAUUUCAGCUGCAUUAAUGUCUAUUGGCUGGGCAGCGAUAUUUCGCUGGAAGCGGAGCUACAACGCUGCAGCGGGCAGCUUCGCCACGAGCUCUCUCAGCUGCGGCUCAUGGGUGAGGUGCCGCGUCUCAAAUUCGUGCCGGACAAAAGUGGCAGCAACAUCAAUAAUGUGGAAGGAAUUCUGCGCACACUCAAUUUAAACAAGCCGGCUGAGUAUGAAUCUAAUGACCAGGGCAAGCACGUGGAGCAACAGCUACAACACAACUUCGAUGCCGCCCAGACAAUGCGUCAGGAGUUUUAUGGUAAAGCUGCAACGCUCUCGCCGACAGCGGAGCUUCCCAAGAUGCGACACGAUGUGCUCGGCCUGGAUCAUCGCCUCAUCAUGAACAAGAUUCUGCUCAAAAUGCGCAAAUCAAAGACCGCUUGGGCGCAGCACCAACAAUUAGAUCGACAUAAGCCGAUUCCGGAGCUGGCACGCAUGCAACAUAAACUACCCGAGGUUGAGGCGAACGUGGUCACAUCCAAGAGUAACCAGUUUGCAGAAUUUCUAGCUAAGCGACGAGAACGUAAGCAAACGCCUGAGCGCAAGAAGCAUAAACGGGAUUUAGAGGAUUACGUAGCCGAAACAACAACGGACGAAGAUAAUGUACAGGGGAUGACGCCAGAUCAGCGCCAAAUAUAUACUUAGGACGAUUACAUUCUCGAUGGCCCCAAGAA